AUGAUUAAGAGGGAGAUAAGUGUGUGUCAACAAACAUGCGCAUUAUUAUGCAAGAACCUUCUUAAAAAAUGGAGAAUGAAGAGAGAGCCCUUAAUGGAAUGGCUAAGCUCAUUGCUCCUACUGCUUUUUUUGUAUGAAUAUCCUAUUUAUCAUGAAGUUCAUGAUUUUUCUUCACUGCCCGCCAUGGACCUGGGACCGGUAGAUUCAUUCAAUGAUACUACAUUUGCUAUUGCAUUCACACCGGUCACCAACGUAACCCAGCAGAUCAUGGACAAAGUAGCCUUAGCCUCCUUCAUGAAAGGUGAAGAAGUCUUGGGACUGUCCAGUGAAGAAGAUAUUCAAGAAUUAAGGACACAUUAUCUUGCAGAAAUAAUACAAGUCAGCUUUUCUAAUACAUUCUCAUAUCAUUUGAAAUUCUCGCCGGGAUACAGGAUCCCAACGAUCAAGGAACACAGGGACCAUACAGGUCAUUGUUUUGAAAUGAGUACUGAAGAGGUUAGCUGCCAAGUUUCACAAUACUGGGAAAAAGGUUUUCUGGCUCUUCAAGCUGCUAUCAAUGCUGCUAUUAUAGAAACCACAACAAAUCAUUCAGUAAUGGAGGAAUUGAUGUCUGUCACUGGAAAAAAUAUGAAGAUACAUCCUUUUGUUUAUCAAGGAGGUGUUGCCACUGAUUUCUUCAUUUUCUUCUGCAUCAUUUCCUUUUCCUCAUUCAUUUAUUAUGCGUCUAUUAACGUUACAAGGGAGAGGAAGAAGAUGAAGGGCUUGAUGAGGAUGAUGGGUCUUCGAGAUUCGGCAUUCUGGCUCUCCUGGGGUUUACUCUAUGCCGUCUUCAUCUUCAUUAUGGCACUUUUCUUGGCACUUGUUAUAAAAUCUGUCCAGUUUGUCAUUCUGACUGGCUUCGUGGCGAUCUUUAUCCUUUUUUUCCUCUAUGGACUGUCUCUGAUAGCUUUGGCUUUUCUCAUGAGCGUCUUGGUAAAGAAAUCUUUCCUCACUGGUCUGGUCGUGUUCCUUCUUACCGUCUUUUGGGGGAGUUUGGGAUUUACGGCAUUGUACAGGCACCUUCCUACAUCCUUGGAGUGGAUUUUAAGUUUUCUGAGCCCCUUUGCCUUCACGCUUGGAAUGGCCCAGCUCUUACGUUUGGAGAAUGACUUGAAUUCUAAUGCAUUUCCUGAUCCAUCAGACUAUUCAAAUCUGAUCGUAGCAACAAAUUUCAUGUUGGCUUUUGAUCUUUUCCUCUAUAUGGCACUGACGAUUUAUUUUGAGAAAAUUUUGCCAAAUAAAUAUGGACAUCAAUAUCCCCCCUUGUUUUUCCUGAAGUCUUCCUUCUGGUCACGGCAACCAAAAGCUGAUUGUGUGGCCCUUGAAGAUGAAAUACAUUCUGAUCCUUCAUCUAAUGACUCUUUUGAGCCAGUGUCUCCAGAAUUCCAUGGCAAAGAAGCCAUCAGAAUCAGAAAUGUUACCAAAGAAUAUAAAGGAAAAUCGGGUAAAAUAGAGGCUUUGAAGGGUCUGGUAUUAGACAUAUAUGAAGGCCAGAUCACUGCAAUACUUGGUCACAGUGGAGCUGGGAAAUCAACACUGUUAAACAUUCUUAGUGGGCUCUCAGUUCCCACCAAAGGUUCAGUCACCAUUUAUAAUAAUAAGCUUUCAGAAAUGGCUGACCUCGAUAAUAUCAGCAAGCUCACUGGGAUUUGUCCGCAAUCCAACGUGCACUUUGAUUUCCUCACCGUGAAAGAAAAUCUCAGGCUGUUUGCUAAAAUAAAAGGAAUUCGGCCGCAUGAACUGGACAAAGAGAUACAAAGAGUUUUGCUGGAGUUGGAGAUGAAAAACAUCCAGAACGUCCUUGCUCAAAACUUAAGUGGCGGACAGAAAAGAAAACUCAGCUUUGCGAUUGCCAUUUUAGGAGAUCCUCAGGUUUUCCUAUUGGACGAACCAACUGCGGGACUGGAUCCCUUUUCAAGGCACCUUGUGUGGAACCUCCUGAAGGAGUGGAAAGCAGACCGUGUGGUCCUCUUUAGUACCCAGUUCAUGGAUGAGGCUGACAUCCUGGCUGAUCGGAAAGUGUUUCUCUCCGGCGGGAAGCUGAAGUGUGCAGGCUCUUCUCUGUUCCUCAAGAAGAAAUGGGGCAUUGGAUAUCACUUAAGUUUGCAGUUGAAUGAAAUGUGUGUUCAGGAAAAAAUAACAUCGCUGGUUAAACAGCACAUCCCCGAUGCCAAAUUAUCAGCGGAAAGUGAAGGAAAACUUGUCUACACAUUGCCCUUGGAGAGAACAAGUAAAUUUCCAGCACUUUACGAGGAUCUGGAUAGGCGUCCUGGCCUUGGAAUCGAGAAUUAUGGUGUUUCCAUGACAACCUUGAACGAAGUGUUCCUGAAACUAGAAGGAAAAUCAGCUGCUGAUGAAUCAGAUAUUGCCACGUGGGGAGAAGCCCCGUCAGAAAGAGCUGGAGAUACAGAGAGGCUUGUUGAGACAGAGCAAGUUCUCAGUUCGCUUAAUGAGAUAAGCCAGACCAUAGGCGGAAUGGCUCUUUGGAGACAGCAAAUCUGUGCGAUCGCAAGGGUUCGCUUCUUGAAAUUAAAGCAUGAAAGGAAAGCUCUUUUAUCACUGCUCUUGAUUCUCGGAUUUGGAGUUUGCCCUCUUCUCACGGAGAUCAUCACCAUGAAAGUGUAUCAACAGAGCUACACUUGGGAACUUUCUCCUCGUUUGUACUUCCUGGUUCCUGGACAACAGCCACGUGAUCCUCUCACCGGAUUACUGAUCAUCAACAAAACAGGGGCAAGCAUUGAUGACUUUAUACAUUCUGUGGAGCAUCAAAACAUAGCUUUGGAAGUGGAUGCAUUUGGAACUAAAAAUGCCCUAGAUGACCCAUCUUAUAAUGGAGCCAUCAUAGUGUCUGGUAAUGAAAAGUGUUACAGAUUUUCAUUAGUAUGCAAUACCAAAAGACUAAAUUGCUUCCCAGUUCUCAUGGAUAUUAUUAGUAAUGCACUACUUGGAAUGGUUAAGCCAUCAGCACACAUCCAAACUGAUAGAAGUACAUUUUCAAGGGAGUCAGAGAGAAAUCCGUUUGUAUUUUGGGAACAUACCAUAUUAUGGGCGAUUUUGGCAUCCUCUUGUACUCCUUAUAUUGCAAUGAGCAGCUUCGAUGAUUAUAAGAACAAAGCUCAGUCCCAGCUCCGGAUUUCAGGCCUCUUCCCUUCUGCUUACUGGCUUGGGCAGGCGCUGGUGGAUGUCCCGAUGUACUCCCUGAUCUUACUGCUUAUGUAUUUAUUAGACUACGGCUUAAACUUCGAAGAGUCUGCGUUUGUAACUGUAAAUCAGACUAUACAAAUCCCCUGUUCUAUUGGCUAUGCCUUCUCACUUAUCUUCUUGACAUACGUGAUUUCGUUCAUUUUUCGCAAGGGGAGGAAAAAUAGUGGCAUUUGGUCUUUUUCCUUCUUUAUGGUAAGUAUAUUUUUUAUCGCCACCUUCUCUUUGUUUUUAUUUAUGCUAUUGGAUUACUUUGGAUAUGGUGUGCUGUAUUACAUCACCUUUUUAAUACCACAAGCCACCUUAAUUGGCUGCAUGUUCUUGUUUCUUUAUGUAAUCGAGUCUUCUCUUUGGACUCAAGAACCAACAAGUGCAGAGCCAUUUCUGGUAUUCUUAAUUCCUUUCCUUCAUUUUAUCAUCUUCCUUUUUAUUCUUCGGUGUCUGGAAUGGAAGUUCGGAAAGACGUCAAUGAGGAAAGAUCCUUUCUUUAGAAUUUCUCCAAGAAGUAACAACGUGUAUCAAAAUCCAGAAGAUCCAGAAGGGGAGGAUGAAGAUGUCCAAAUGGAAAGAGUGAGAACAGCAGAUGCCUUGAAUUCCACGAACUUCGAUGAGAGACCGGUCAUUAUUGCCAGCUGUCUACGCAAGGAGUAUGCACAGAAGAGGAAGCACUGCUUUUCCAAGAGGAAGAAGAAAAUAGCCACGAGAAAUGUCUCUUUCUGUGUUAGAAAAGGUGAGGUUUUAGGAUUAUUAGGACACAAUGGAGCUGGUAAAAGUACAUCCAUUAAGGUGAUAACUGGAGACACAAAACCAACUGCUGGACAGGUGCUACUAAAAGGGAGCCGUGAAGAGGACUCCCUGGGUUUCCUAGGGUACUGUCCUCAGGAGAACGUGCUGUGGCCCAACCUGACCACGAAGGAGCACUUGGAGGUGUUCGCUGCUGUGAAAGGGCUCAGGAAAGCCGAUGCGGCAGUCACCAUCACAAGGCUGGUGGAUGCACUCAAGCUUCAGGACCAGCUGAAGCUGCCCGUGAGGACCUUAUCCGAGGGAGUAAAGAGGAAGCUGUGCUUCGCGCUGAGCAUCCUGGGAAACCCAUCGGUGGUGCUUCUGGACGAGCCGUCCACGGGGAUGGACCCCGAGGGGCAGCAGCACAUGUGGCAGGCAAUCCGGGCCACCUUUAAGAACACGGAGAGAGGCGCCCUCCUGACGACCCACUACAUGGCAGAGGCGGAGGCCGUGUGUGACCGCGUGGCCAUCAUGGUGUCCGGAAGGCUGAGGUGUAUCGGUUCCAUCCAGCACCUGAAGAGCAAAUUUGGCAAGAAUUACCUGCUGGAGAUGAAAGUGAAGGCCCUCGAGCAAAGGGAAAGCCUCCACCGCGAAAUCCUGAGGGUUUUCCCCCAGGCUGCUCGGCUGGAAAGGUUCUCUUCGGUGAUGGUCUAUAAAGUGCCAGUGGAAGAUGUUCGACCUUUAGCACGAGCUUUCUUCAUGUUAGAGAAGGUGAAACAGAGCUUCGACCUGGAGGAGUACAGCCUCUCGCAGUCCACCCUGGAGCAGGUGUUCCUGGAGCUCUCCAAGGAGCAGGAGCUGGAUGACUUUGACGAAGAACUUGACCCCUCAGUUAGAUGGAAGCUCCUCCCCCAGGAGGACCCUUGA